GCUAGCAAUCAGUUUAUAUCUGGCUGAGUAGCAAAUUUAACGAUGAAGCUUUUGGUGACAGCUUUUUGUGUUCUCGGAGUCCUGGCCGGUGGAGUUUUCUCAAUGUACUCGUCCGUAACCAUCGGAAGAGAUGGUCUGAACUCACUGUCCACGACCAUUAAAAGCAUCGAAAGCGUUAUGACAUCUUACUUCAAGAACCUCAACGCUGCCCGGAGCAAGAUUAUGUCAUCGAUUAAUAAGCUGCAAUUGCAAGUCAACACAACCUACAAAUCGAUGAACGAUUCUUUCGGCACUACCCAACAAAACAUGGCGAAUGUUAUGUCCAGAUUAAAAUUCGCUCACACAGACAUGUCCUUAUGGUGAACGGUAUUAUAACUAUCUAAUUCAUGUAGAUUUGUCCUUUCUGAACGAGAAUUAGUGGAGACCAUGAAUCGGAUCAUAUAUAACCACUAUAGUCAUGGAAUCUCGUAUUCCUUCCAACAAAAUGCUGAGGAUUGUGCGGACCAGUUUUCCAGUAUGGCCACCUCCCUACCGAACCAGUUGACCAAGUUCGGAACGUGCCUUAAGACGUCUGUGGAUAUGGUGCCAACCAUAGUGGCCCCCGUGCAGGAAAUCUUCGAACUGGUGAGGAAGGAUUUCAUUUCCUUGAACAAGCAACUGAAUAUUUGUGCUGGCAGCUCUAUCAACUGCAUCACCCAGUACUUCAUGACCAUCGAUAUGGAGCUGAACAGUAUAAUGUCAGGAAUUACCAUGGCAGGAAGCAUGUUAACCUAUCACCUGAGCGAUUCGAGAGAACGCAACAGUCUGUGUGCGGAUUUAGUCUCGUACAACUGUGAAGAUUUGAACGAGGGCCUCAUGAGGGACUUCCAGCGAUGCAUAUAUCCACCAGUGUAAAGUUUAUGACACAAUGGUUUAAUACUACCGAAAAUAUUUUGGGAACUUGAGAAACUAUGCAUGUAUUUAUGGAAAGCACUUUGGAAAAAGUAAAUUAAAAAUUUCUUCAAUGGUUCAAUUGAAGAUUUUUUGG